GCGAAGAGAGUGUAUAAAUACUGCUACCCAGGCUCCUUCGCCACACUUUGUCUUUAGUUGGUCCUGGCUGGUCGGACGUAUCUCUGUGGGAUCUCUGUCAAUCUGCUCAAGCACCAAGCAACCUCGAACUUGACCAUGCAGUCUGUUGUCGCCUUUCUAGCCGUCUUGGUCGGGGUAGCCGUUGCCGUCAACCCGACUCCGAAACCGGCGUCGUCGGACGAUAUCAAGCAGAAGAACCGAGAGAUCUCGUCCACCGAGUACCUGAGGAAGAUGUUGGAGAAGCCCUCUUCAAAGUUGUUCUUCAGUCCCAUUGAUGUGUCCACCCAUGACGACGUCCUCGACUUGUUGGAAAUCCUGGGGCUCGGUGAGGCAUCCAAGAUCGUAGAGCAGGUUAACAUGAGGCAGAUGCUCAGGGACGAACAACUUGCGUCCGUCACGCUAUGCCUGCCCAAUGACGAGGCUGUCCUAAAAUGGAGGAGUGAACUUUCUGACAAGCUGAAACCAGACCAGGCUUCUCUGAAGCAACUUGUCAGGGCGUGGGUGAUUCCAGGAACGAUCAGAUCUACGGAUGUCGUCAACAACCAGAAGGUCCAAAGCUUAAACGGCGCCAAACUUCGAUUCAAUGUUAACCAGGUCACGAAGAUGGUCACCGUAAAUGGAGCUAAAAUCGUUAAAGCCGAUAAUAUAGCGAGCAAUGGAUUCGUUCAAGUAGUCGACAAGGUAAUCUAUCCACUUCCGGUCGGUAACGUCAUUGAUACCCUGGAUGACAACGAGGCCUUCUCCACCAUCUUCGCUCUCCUGAAACGUGCUGACCUCGUUGAUCUUGCAGUAUCGGAUCCAGUCACCGUUCUUGUGCCAACAAAUGCCGCCUUCGAUGCUCUUCCAUCUGGAGCCCUGUCGAACCUCCUGAGAAACGUGACUAAACUACGGAAUAUUCUAAAGAACCACGUGAUCUCUGACGUCAGAUACUCUGCCUCACUGUCAUCGGGGCAAAGGCUUCGAACCUCUCAAGGAAGCGAGAUCUCGGUCACCAUUGAAAACGGAAAAAUCAUCCUGAACAAAGAAAGAGACCCGUCUAAAGCAAGCCAGGUAAUCAAAGCCGACAUCCCGACCACCAACGGAGUCAUUCACGUCAUCGAUCGGGUCAUCGUUCCAUCUCAAGAACAUUACGUCCUCUAAGACUUCGUGGCGACAAUUUUGUACUAGUUCAAUUUAAUUGACCAUUUUUAGUAAGUUGAUCACGUGGUAAUGACAUGCAGCCAAACCCAAAAGUAUAGAAUACAAUACAUGAUAAAAUUAUACAUAAUGAGAUCAGACAUCUAAUGUUUAUCUUUCUCAUUCGAUUGCUUAAUGCUACUAUCACAGUAAUAAUGUUUCUGAUAUUUCAUAUCCCUUGCCUGUAUUUGAAAUGAUUUUUUUUUUCAAUAAUAAAUUUCCCUCAGCAUAA